AUGAAUAAACUGUAUAGAACCAUCGUAACCUUAAUAUUUAGCGCGGCUAUUGCAAGAGCUGUUGAGAUCUUAGAUUUCACAGAUUUUGGAAACGGGAAGUGUGAAUUCGCAAUUGAUGAACCGCCCAGUAAAUAUUAUUUGCCUGACGGAACGUCAGAUUUGUCGGCUAAAUGGUGGAAUGUCACUCUAGAUUUCAUGAAGCACAUCAACUUGACGAACAUUGACAUGAGUCAGACUGUAAUGGGUCGCGUACAACAGUAUGCUCAACUUCUAGACCCUAACACUUCAAUUGAUGAGAUAGUCAUAAGACCAGUAAAUAAGCCUGACAAACGUGUAGACAUAAGACCAGACGUCUGCGGGGCAUUUUCCAAUUCUAUUCGCAUGAGUAUAUGUGGCUACUCGGAAGGAUUUAAGUCAGCAAGGUCUUCUUGCUACAACGAGAAGGAAGGCAAGUGCUGUAUAUCCUGGGCUAGCCUCGUACACUUAAAUUUAUUGAUUUACAGGUCGACUUGGGAGAAAUGCAACUGGCAGUGUUUUGAAACAGAGAACGAGGAGAUUUGCAAGAGACGGACAAGGGCUGUCCCAAAAACUGGACUAGUAGACGUGUGUUACUUCAACAAACCUGAGGGUUGCACCUGA